AACCAAAUCUAUUCAUGAAACCACAGAUUUUAGCUCCCUGCCUCCAUCGGUCUUUGUGUCUGUGCUGCUAAACCUGGACUCACUUGGACUCACCUAGACUCACUUGGACUCACUUGGACUCACCUGGACUCGCGCUGACCGCAGCAUGCUGACGUUGGGUCUGUAGAGCACAGUUACAGUCUCCUCAGGUGGAUGUAUUUUUUUUAUAGUUUCAGGACGACGGGAAGGUAAAAAAAGUCCUCUGACUGCGUUUACAGGUAGACGUGUGGACGUUUUUGGAUCGUCUCAUCUGCAGUCGUCUUUUGUCCUCUCAGCUGUCAGAGCUUCAACAUGAGCAGCCGAGGAGCUGGAAGACCCAGAGAGCAGGAGGAGGAGGAGCAGGAGGACUUCUACGACUGCCAGGAGAAUCUGGAGCCUCCGGGACCAAGGGCCGAGGAGGAGGAGAGCAGACUAGAAACUGACAGAUUGACUGACAGAAGAGAUGUCACAGAGAGACAGGGAGCAGGGAGACAGGAGGAGACACAGAACAACAGACUGCAGGAGGAGGCGCAGAGUGACAGAAUGCAGGAGCAGGUGCAGAGUGACAGACUGCAGGAGGAGGUGCAGGACGACAGACUGCAGGAGGAGGUGCAGGACGACAGACUGGAGGAGGAGGUGCAGAGUGACAGACUGGAGGAGGAGGUGCAGAGUGACAGACUGGAGGAGGAGGUGCAGAGUGACAGACUGGAGGAGGAGGUGCAGGACGACAGACUGGAGGAGGAUUUGGAGAUGAAGGAGGAGAGGAGUCAGGAAGUGGAGUUUGACGAGGAGUACCUGAGGGAGGUGGAGAAGGAGCUGACAGAGGAGGAGAAGGAGAGUCGACGGCAGGAAAGUUUAACACUGAAGGAAAAAGGAAACAGCCAGUUUAAAGCUGGAGACUGGUUGGAGGCGGAGCGGAGCUACACGGAGGCGUUGGUUUUAUGUCCUGUUUGUUACAGCCGAGAGAGAGCGGUGCUGUUCUCCAACAGAGCUGCUGCACGGCUGCACCAGGACCGGAAGGAUCAGGCGAUCUUCGACUGCUCCACAGCGAUAAAGCUGAAUCCAGACUAUGUGCGGGCGCUGCUGAGGAGGGCGGAGCUUUACGAACAGACGGAGAAGCUGGACGAGGCUCUGGAGGACUACAAGAGGGUUCUGGACCUGGACCCGGCCCAGCCCAGUGCCAGACAGGCCUGCAUGAGGCUGCCUCAGCAGAUUCAGGAGAGAAAUGAGAAGCUUAAGGAGGAGAUGCUAAGUAAACUAAAAGACUUGGGAACUUGGUCCUGAGGCCGUUUCGGACUGUCGACCAACAACUUCCAGGUGAACCAGGACGCAAACACGGGCUCUUACUCCAUCAACUUCGUCCAGAACCCAAACAACAACAAUAGAUGACAUCAUCACAAACUGAGCUGAUGACGUCACAGCCGUGUGUCAUGUGACUGUGUGUGUUCAGAGGAAAAUAAAAGCUGAUUGAUUUGUUU